UUUCUUUUUUUUUUUUUUUUUUUUUUUUUUUCCUCCUCUUCUUAAACAAACCACAAACGGAUGUGAGGGAAGGAAGGUGUUUCUUUUACUCCUGAGCCUAGACGCCUCUCUCUGUUCCGUCUAAGCUUGUUUUCUGCUGAGCACUUUUUUUUUUUUUUUUCAAAAAGGAAAAGAAAAGGAGUUGCUUGAUGUGAGAGUGAAAUGGACGUAAGAUUUUAUCCACCUCCAGCCCAGCCCGCUGCUGCUCCCGCCGCUCCCUGUCUGGGACCUUCUCCCUGCCUGGACCCCUACUAUUGCAACAAGUUUGACGGUGAGAACAUGUAUAUGAGCAUGACAGAGCCGAGCCAGGACUAUGUGCCAGCCAGCCAGUCCUACCCUGGCCCAAGUCUGGAAAGUGAAGACUUUAACAUUCCACCCAUCACACCUCCUUCUCUCCCUGAACACUCUCUGGUGCACCUGAACGAGGUUGAAUCUGGGUACCACUCUCUGUGUCACCCUAUGAACCACAAUGGCUUGCUCCCGUUCCAUCCACAAAACAUGGACCUGCCAGAGAUCACCGUGUCCAACAUGCUGGGCCAGGAUGGCACACUGCUCUCCAAUCCCAUCUCUGUGAUGCAAGAUAUCGGGAAUGCCGAAGGAGCUCAGUAUGGCUCCCACCCUCAGAUGGCAGCCAUGAGGCCGAGAGGCCAGCCUCCAGACAUCAGACAGCAGGCAAGCAUGAUGCAGCAUGGCCAGCUGACCACCAUCAAUCAGUCCCAGUUGAGUGCACAAUUGGGUUUGAACAUGGGAGGAAGCAACGUUCCUCACAACUCCCCUUCUCCCCCGGGGAGCAAGUCUGCAACCCCUUCACCUUCCAGCUCGGUGCAUGAAGAUGAGGGCGAUGACACCUCCAAGAUCAAUGGUGGAGAGAAGCGGCCUGCCUCUGAUAUGGGGAAAAAACCAAAAACUCCCAAAAAGAAGAAGAAGAAGGACCCCAAUGAACCCCAGAAGCCUGUGUCGGCCUAUGCUCUGUUCUUUCGUGAUACUCAGGCUGCCAUCAAAGGCCAAAAUCCAAACGCUACCUUUGGUGAAGUCUCUAAGAUUGUGGCUUCCAUGUGGGAUGGCCUUGGAGAAGAGCAGAAACAGGUUUAUAAGAAGAAAACUGAGGCUGCAAAGAAGGAGUAUCUGAAGCAACUAGCAGCAUACAGAGCCAGCCUGGUAUCCAAGAGCUACAGUGAUCCUGUUGAUGUUAAGACAUCUCAGCCACCCCAACUGGUCAACUCAAAGCCGUCAGUGUUCCAUGGGCCCAGCCAGGCCCACUCAGCCCUGUACCUAAGUUCUCACUAUCACCAACAACCAGGGAUGAAUCCUCACCUCACCGCCAUGCACCCAAGCCUCCCCAGAAACAUAGCACCCAAGCCGAAUAACCAAAUGCCAGUGACUGUCUCCAUAGCCAACAUGGCUGUGUCCCCACCACCGCCCCUCCAGAUCAGCCCACCUCUCCACCAGCAUCUCAGCAUGCAGCAGCAUCAACCACUUGCCAUGCAGCAGCCCCUUGGGAGCCAGCUCCCCAUACAGGUCCAGCCUGCCUUACACUCGCCUACCAUGCAGCAAGGAUUUACUCUUCAACCCGACUAUCAGACGAUUAUCAACCCUACAUCUACAGCAGCACAAGUUGUCACCCAAGCGAUGGAGUACGUGCGUUCUGGGUGCAGAAAUCCUCCCCCUCAGCCGGUGGACUGGAAUGACUACUGCAGUAGUGGGUAA